AUGAACAGCGAUGAAACAAACAGGAUAAUUAAUGGUGACAAUAUUCAUCAGGGUUUAAUGUCAUCAUCAACAUUAUCCUCCAUUUCAUCCUCCUCCACAUUAGUCAGUAAUGUUGAACAGCAGCAGCAACCACUAUUGCUAGAACCUGUUCAAAGCCAGGUAACGGACGAUAAAAAUAAACCGAGCAGUGGUCAGACCAUUAAAUUAUCGCUGCCAUCAGUGGAAGCCGAAGACACUGUAACCGUCGUCCGAAUGAGGAACAGACCACUCUCCAAAAUUCAACAGCAGGUAACAACAAAUGGUACUGUACCAGAAAGGAAUGAAAACAAUAAAAAUAGUUCACUUGCGGUAUUGCAACAUGGUCUAGAAGUUCUGAACGAAAUCACACCUGAAGAUGAUGGGAAUGAAGAGAUUCGAAGAUUGGAUUCGCAAUUGGAUCAUUUGAACCAUUACAUGGAUAAAGUUGAGGAAAGGAUCAAAGCACACAAUGAAAAACUGAUGGAUACUUUGAAACAUCAGAGAGAAGAACGCGAGAAAAGACGUCGUUCUUUUCACGAACGUAUUGCAUUGAACCAACAAGAAGAUGAUGAUUUUCAACGACAAAUUUCAACUCUCCUAAGUCGUGUUGACAUAUCGAAAAAUCGUGCAUCAAUGUACGACAUUAUCAGCCAGAUGGAAAUCCCAAAACCAAACGGACACUAA